AUGGCCAAGUCAAAAGCAAAGCAAUCACUUCCACUUCAUAAAAUCAUUAUGGUUGGUUCUGGUGGUGUCGGAAAAUCAGCAUUGACUCUACAGUACAUGUAUGGUGACUUUGUUGAAGAAUAUGAUCCAACAAAAGCAGACUCUUAUCGUAAAAAGGUUGUUUUGGAUGGCCAAGAAUGUCAAAUUGAUAUUUUGGAUACAGCAGGUCAAGAAGAAUAUGCAGCUAUUCGUGACAACUAUUAUAGGUCAGGAGAAGGUUUUCUUUGUGUGUUUUCUGUCUGUGAACAAGAAUCUCUUGAACACACCAAAGAAUUUCGUGAUCAAAUUUUGAGAGUUUUAGAUGAUGAAACAGUAAGAUUAAGAAUACACAUUCCUAUUGUACCAUUUAUUUUAGUUGGUAAUAAGGUUGAUUUGGCACAUUUACGUAAAGUAUCAGCCAGUGAAGCCAAUGCAUUAGCCAAUGAUUGGCAUUGUUCUUAUGUUGAAACAUCAGCAAAGACUAGACAGAAUGUAGAAGAAGUUUAUACUAUGCUCAUGAGACAGAUAAGAGAUAGAAAAGCUAAACAACAACAAGAAAAUAGCCCAGAUAAAGAUUCUUGUUGUAUUAUCCUUUAA